AUGGGUUUCUGUUCCCCACUCCAGGACCGGCCGCAGCCCCCGAUGCUCCAACCCCUAACGCGGCUCCGGCCCCGGCCCCCGCUGCCCCACCCCCUAACCCUGGUCCGGCCCUGGCCCAGGCUGCCCCACCCCCUAAUCUCGGUCCACCCGCAGUCCCCGCUGCCCCACCCCCUAACCCGGGUCCGGCCCCGGCCCCCGCUGCCCCACCCCCUAACCCGGGUUCGGCCCCGGCCCCCGCAGCCCCACCCCCUAACCCGGGUAUGGUCCCGGUUCCCGCUGCCCCACCCCCUAAUCUGGGUCCACCCGCAGCCCCCGCUACCCCACCCCUUAAACCCGGCUCCGGCCCUGGCUCAGGCUGCCCCACCCCCUAACCCGGGUACGGUCCCGGCCCCCCCAGCCCCACCCCCUAACCCGGGUCCAUCCGCAGCCCCCGCUGCCCCACCUCCUAACCAAAGUCCGGCAGCGGCCCCUGCUGCCUCGCUCCCAACACUGGGUGAGGCCUCCACUGUCCCCCCUCCACUAACUCGGGUCCGGCCGCCAUCGCUCCACAUCCCCAACUCGCGUACGGUUCGGGUGUCCGCCACCCACCGCCUCAACCAGGCUGGGGACCCACAACCGGCUGCAACCCCACCGCUGACACCGCCCAUACAGGAGGCUCAGCGGGCAAAGAAGGGGGCUCCGUGUUACCCGUGCGCGCCACUGCGGGAGACGGGACUCGUGAAGUGCGCCUGCGCGACGCGCUUGGCCCAGAACUGGUCCUUCUCCUAG